UCCACCCACCCGUCCAUCAAUCCAUCCAUCCCUUCAACCAUCCACCCAUUCAUACCUUCAUCCAUCCACCCAUCAAUCCAUCCAUCCCUUCACCCACCCACCUGUCCAUCAAUCCACCCACCUAUCCCCCCAUCCAUCCACCCACCUCUUCAUCCAUCCAUCCAUCCAUCCAUCCAUCCAUCCACCCACCCAUCCAUCUGUCCCCAG